GAUAAUACAAGAAAACGGUAUUAGCGCUUCUAAGAAUGUUAUUAACAACUUUUUGUUCAUUGUAAUUGCGUAAGAGGAAUUUUUAAAACUCAAACCCCUAAAGACAUAAAAACUUGACAUUGCUAAAAGAAAUGUGUAAUUUCAAAUAGACUGUCUGGAUUUCUCGACUGACCAGACAAAUUUCAUUGCCUACCACAACAUUUGUGAGUGUGCUUCAUAAAUUAUGGAUGUCCUGUUUUCUUAUGUAGUUAUGUGCGGUAUUCUUUACCCUGUUUUUGCCAACCCUUCGCCUAUUAGUGUCGAUCAGAAAAAAGUUAAGGACGAAGUCAACUGGCAGAACCUUCAAUUAACACUACUAUCAAUAGAAGAGAAACUACGAAAUCUGGAAAGCUUCGUAAUCGUCCAAUGCGGAACGAGGUUUAACGGGAAAAUCGACUAUUAUGGACGAAAAAUUGAUAACAUCGAAAAAACGCUGUCGAAAAUGGAAAUGCAAACGAAACUCGAAUUAGAAAAAAUUUCGGAGAACAUUAGUAGUAAAAAUUUUAAGGAAGAUAUUAGUAAUGAACGCAUAAUAAGAAACAUUGACAUUGUUCAUGAGAAGCUUAAUCAUAAGCUUACAGCGAUUGAACAGCGAGCCGAUUUGUCUACAAUUAAAAUGAAGAACAUUGGCGAAACAGUCACCGCUAAGUUAGAAAAGCUGGAGGACAAUUUCAUGAUACGAGACAGUGACGUCGAGACAGAAUUAAGCGAGGUCGUUAACGCAAUUGACGAUUUAAAAACGGGACAUAUAAGCUUCGAACAAAAUAUGAUCAAGCUAAUCACACAAUCAACUGAGACCUUCGAAAAUUUGCUAACAAAUCAAUAUACACGAUUGGAAAGUGCCUUGGAUACCACUACGAAAAAUAUAACCCAAAAUAUACAGGGUGUACAAGAAACUAUGCAAAAGGUUUUAAACGAAACUGAAAAUACUACAGAAAUGAUAAAUGUUUCUAAAGAGGAAGUGUUUGACAAUAUGAAUGAAUAUGCAAAUAAGAUCAUUGAUAUACACACAGAUUUGUGGAACAAGGCAGAUUUCAUUACUUCCAAAGUGCACGAACUGUCAAAAACAGCUACCCUGAGUAGAAACGAACAACAGAACAGCCUACGUGGUCUCACGGUGCAACUGGGCCGCCUGUCUGGAAAACCGCACUUCCAAGUCGAUUCACAAGAUUACAGCAAAUUAGACGAAUUAAACAAGAAAAUUGACGAAAACUUCCAAAACGUCAUGUUAACGCAAAAUAUGUUCCUCGAAAGUUGCCAUCGUGUGCAAAUGGAUGAAGCUCAGAUUGAAUCCCAAAUUGGAGCGGUGCUAAAUAAGUUGAUUGACACCUUUGAAAAUAAAACGUCAGUUACCGUACAAGAUAUUCAACGAUUGGAACAAUCCAUAAACACUCACGACUCCGCCACAAAGCAGUGUCUUCAGAAUACUUUAAAUAACGUGCAGGAUCUCUUCAAAGUGGUCAAGGAUGAGCAUCUUAAAAUUUUGCAAAACAUUAAUAAACAAAAAGAGAACAUUGGGAUUAUCGGCGAUUUAUUGCAAAAUAUUACGCAUUCGAAAGAAGAGAGGUUAACACAAACUGUAUUAGAGACAGUGAAGGAAUUAGAAAAACAAGUUGCUGAGAACUCAAACAUUCUAAGUAAUCAGAAUAACAUAACAAAACUGCUUUUAAAAAUCAACUUACAACAAAAUUUUAACUUCUCGACAUUCAUAAGCAGUGUCACAACAGAUUUAAGUGACAUCAAAGAGAACACGAAUACUUUAUUUGUUAAUACAGAUAAAUUUGCAAAUCUUAUAAGAACAAUCACUGCAGGUGCCAACACUACUGGACCAAAUAUUGAAGAACUAAUAAGGAAGAUUUUCGUAAAAACACCUGACCCCUCCAUUCUUGACAGCGACCACUUUAAGAUUACACGAAAAGGGAUUGAAAACCUAAUAAGAUCGCUUAACCACACUGGCACCUUCUCGGAAAAAAUAGAUAACUACACAUACAGCGUUAGGGACCAAAAUCACUUGCGCAUUGUAAAAUGUUUACCACAUUACUUGGACAUUAUUGAUGUACGUUUUAAUCCAGAUGACGAAUUAUUAAAUUGUACCUCGUCUAAAAUAACAAGAUCUCCCAGUUGCCUGCCGAAUUAUCUCGACAUCAUUGACGUUAGAUACAAUCGCGAUAACUGCACUACGGCAUCAACUGAAACUGUGGAGACUUCCAGAGUAUUAACCGAGCGAAAUGAUCAAAUUAUUCAACAAGUGGCAGAAGAUUGGGGCGAAUACGCCGAACUUACAACAGGAAUUGAAGAAGAAGGGCACAUAACAUUUUCAAAUGACAAUAAUACUAAUCCGUAGUUUUGUUAAAGCUAUCGUAAUGAAGUAAUAAAUGGUGCUAUUACUAA